GGCCAGUGAUGUGCAUUGCAAAUGGCCGCUCUUGUUAUUGUUCCGUAGUCCCGUAGCGUUUCGCGAUUUAACACGAUAAUAAACCCCCAGACUCGCGAAAGCUCGUCGUCGUCGUCUUCGUUGUCGCCUCGUACGGAUAACCGCAGUGUUGGUGAUCGUCGUCGUGUACGUACGGUUUGUGAAUCGUUGGUCCGCCGAAACUCAAACGUCUUCGCCGUGAACUCAUCGGCGGCGUUUCUCCCGUGUGCGUGUGUGUGUGUGCGUGAGUGUGUGUGCGUAGAACGCGAUAUUAAUAUUAUUAUUGCGACUUUGUGAGUGUGUGUGUGUGUGUGUGUGUGCGCGAAAAGUGUCCGAUGCACAGCAACAACGUUCGUUGGAUUACACUCCGGCCGCCAGGAACAACAUGUUAAACAAAUAGUUGGAUUUAAACCCAAUUUGUAAGAAAAUGGAAGAUCUUGUUAUGUGAAAUGGCCGCAAAUAGCGAUGGUGCUACUCAGUUGGUUACAACCAUUGUUACAUGCAAAGGGGACCUGAAUGACCCUCAAUUUAACCAACAGUUUGAUAAGAUUGUUAAAGAUCUGAACGAACUUCUAUUUCAAGGUUCGGCUGAAGAGAAAGGGAUUUAUGUAAACAAACUUGAGCCAUGGAAUUCUGUAAGGGUAACUAUUACUGUGCCACGGGAAGCUGCUACAAAGCUUCAGCAGUUGGCACAACAAGGGGAUGCAGCUCUUUCCAGGCUCGGAAUUUUGUCUGUCCAAGUCGAAGGCGAUCAGAUGAUAUCUCUAAGACUUGGAGGCAAUCGGUUUGGUGGGGAAAGCCAAGAAUUAGUGUUAAGAACAUCAGCCGGCCCAUCAAACACCAAUCAGCCAACUGCUUCAGAAGAAAGUGCUGCUGUGAAUUCAUUGAUCAAAGCUAUGGCUUCCGCAACAUCUCCUGCUCUGCAGUCUCCAUCGCCUCAAUUAUCGACACCCCAGUUCAAAAGCCCCAAUGUAGUGGCUGUCGAUUCUACCCCAUUGCCUCCGAUACCACCUUUGCCCUCCACGGCAGAACCAUCCCCAAGACCCCACAUAUGGCCGUUUGUAAGCAUGAACCAAGCUGCUCAGACCAUACACAACCGAGAGUCAAUGCACACAGGACCUCCACCUCCACCACCUUAUCCAGGAUCUCAAAACGGAGUGUAUAAAACCCAAAGAUCAGGGGAUGCAAAUGCAUCAGUGCACUCAAGUCCAUUGUUGGUUAAUUUGUUGCAAAAUGAAGGUGCUGGAAAAAUGCCUCCACCAAUGGACAAACAUAAGAAACCUUUAAUACCUUCUCCAAAUGUGGUGAAAAGUCAAGAUGGUUUUUCUGGUUCAGAGUUUACCCAAUCUGCAUUUGCUAAUGUUGCUUCGGAUGUUCAAGUUGUCCAAAGGCUACAGAAGCUACCAGAUUCAGUUACCAACAGUGCUCAGAAUCGAGUAGAUUCCAUUGGAUCUCCUAAUGGACCAACUGCUAGGUUGGUCAACAAACACAAUGUGCCUUCCCAAGAGCUCUCACAAACCCAGAAGAUUGUUGGCUCACCAAAUGUACAAACUUCUUAUGCUGUUAGGCAUGCCUUCUUGUCAAGCUCACCAAUUACCCAAAACCGUUUACAAACUGUUCCCCAAAAUGUCACUAUCACUACCAAUCAAUUAAAACUCAACCAAGGUUAUAUCAAUCAAAUGAGGCAAGGUUCAAAUCAUCUGAUGGCCAAGCCGAAUAAUACUCAACAAUUCAUUCAGCCUCAAAUUAGGUUACAAACACAGUAUAGCCCAGCAGGGUCGCAUAAACCAAUUCAGACCAAUGCCAUAUUGCAACAAAGGACAGAUUUGAUGUCUACUCAAUCGACAACUGUUAGCAGCCAUGAUUCUGCUCAAAUGCAAAAAGGUCCAUCGGUUUCAAGUCAAUCCCAAAAUAUCACUUCCAAUAAUUCAUUCCAUCCUGUACCUAAUAAUCAGAUAACAAAUGUUUCUCAAACCCCUUGUACAUAUAAUGAAACGUCCCAACAAAAUUUUAAUAAUCUUAUACAGGGUACUCAUAAUCAUAAUCAGGCGCAAACUAUUGCUGUAAAUAAAAAACCUGAUCUAUUAUCUAAUGAAAUCAGCUUACAACAAAGAUUGAUUCCUCAGCAACAUUCAGAAAAUACAUGUCAGGAAAUUCAAAAAAGUGUGGUAACUAGUCAACCGAUAAAAUCUCCACCUUUAACUUCUUCUGGUAAACAGCGGCAGUUUCUUAUAAAUCCGUUGACUGGAGAUAUGGAACCUAUGUCUAGCGAUAGUAGUUCGGAAAGUGAUACAGAAGAAAAAAUUAAAAAUUUGCCAAUAGCAGAUGAUAGUUUCUAUAAUUUUUCUUCUCCGAUAACAAAUGAUAGGUCCAAUUCUGUAUUUUCGGAUGAUGAAGAUACUGGUUCACCUACCUCGCGUCGUAAUGAUACUACUACUGAUCAAUCUGAUUCUGAAGCCACUGUAAGAUCAACUAACAGUGAAGCAUCCUCUCGUCAUCGAUCAAGUCCAUUACCUGCUCCUGCUGAAAAAAUAAAGUUGCGGUUGAAGAAGUUGACUGAAAAGAAAGAACCAUAUAAAGUUGAUGUUUCAUUUGGUAGUUCUCCUUUAUGUAAAGUAGAUAAAAGGCACUUUGGCAAUCCGUCAACACCAUUAGCUGGUUCUUCUGCUGAAGGACUUCGUGUACCACCUUUACAUAUUUCGUUAAGAGGAAGAAAUGCUACUGUGGUAAUUGGUUCAAGAAAGGAGAAAAAAUGGAAAGACUCUGACGAUGAAAGUAAGAAAUCAACAGGGUGUAAAGUAAAAACUAGCGUAAAUCAUUUAAAAACCAAAAGUUCAAACCAGGACUUGUUAAAAAUUUGUUCAAAACAAAUAAAGCUAGAAAAUAUUGAAGAAGAUGACUCUAGAGUAAAACUAAAAAGAAUUGAAGACAGUGUAGAGCCUGUAUCUUCAUCAGUUGAUUCUACUGAGCCCACCAGUAGUUACAAUCCUGUUCUACCUCCUGGAAGGAUAUAUCCAACUGAAGCUGAAGUGGCGUCAAUUUUAAGGUCCAUGCCUAGUGAUAAACAUAACAAAAUGAGCCUGAGCUUCAAUAAAGUUAAAAAAAGAGAGUCGAAAAAGAAAUGUUUACCGAGGGAAAGAACGGGAUCUGUAGACAGUCCUAACUUGCAUAGAAUCGUUGAAAGAACCCAUUCUAAAACAAAAAUUAAUAAGAGUAGUGCAGUUUCGCUGUUUAAAAAUGUUGUAAAAUCAUCGGCAGUUAAAGAAGCGAGAAUGAUUGCUGCUGCUACUUUUGGAAAUAGAAACAAUUUUCAUGAAAAACAACGGGCUUUGAACAAUGGACUGGAUACUGUAACUCAACCUAGUGGAUCACAAUCAAAUAAUCAAAGACGAACAAGUGUUGACAUACCAUUUAUAGGUACACAUACAUUAAACUCUUCUAUGACAAAAUUGAACAGAUCUCUUAGUGGUCAGUCAAAUGAUACAUAUCUACCAUCUAGCCACUUUUCCAACCACCUUUUACCUGGUCAAAAAACACAGGGACCUAAUACGUUUCACAAAGAUAUGAAUAAAAAACCAUUAACUGUGGUCAGUCGAAAAGUGACUAACUCUAAAAGUAAAGACAGUAGAAAUUCUAAACUUGAAAGUGGAGUUAAACGGAAAGAAUUUCAAUUGACUGCAAAACGCAACGAUCAUUUUAUUCAAAAAUUUGAUGUUGAUAAACCUAAUUGUGUCACUGUUGGAUGCGUGCAAAUAGAAAAACGUGAUGAACAUCUAACACUGCCUAUGACAGAUAUUGAUGUAUCUGAAAAAAAUUUAAAACAAAGGUUACUUGAAGAUACUGUACCACAAAUAAGAAAUGUCAUGAGAAUAGAAACCCCUACAAUUGAAGAUAUUAAAUGUGAGCGUGUUCAAACUGAAACUAAAAACAUGAACGGAAGUGAAAGUCCUGCUGGCCAUGGUAACACUCAAGGAGAAGAUUCAGGUAUUGAGUCUAUGGAUGCUUUAUCAGAGAAAAGUCCUAACCAAGGAGAGAGUCCUUGUCGAAAAGAUGAUCAAACAACUGGUCAGAAACCAGCUGUUCCAUUGAAACAAGAAGAAACUAAAAUACCUGUUGAAUCUAUAGACCAACAGAGUACAGCAGAUUCUCCUGAUUUAGAUGAUAUUCAGCCAUUUCGUGUAACACCAGCUUUAUAUACAUAUUCUAAUCCAGAAAAAAUUAGAGACGAUUCUCCUCCUGUUUCGCCUAAAUUGGAUAUUGAAGAUAUUCUAGAUCAAACAGAACCACACCUUGUUUCUUCUUCAGAGACUGAUGGAGAUUUACCCUCCGUCAAACUGAAGAAAAGGAAGCGUAUGGAUUCUGAAGACAGUAAGACUGAUUGUGAUGCCCCUGUAGCAAAAAAACCAAAUAUUGAAAAUGAUAUAAAUGGAAAAUCGGACAUGGUGCCUUUGAAUGUCUCAGAAAAUAAAUCUCUAUUAGAACAACUUUUGAUAGAUAUACCAUCUGAUACAGAAGCAGCCAAAAAAUCAGCAGUUACUACAAGAAGCACGCGUUCUCAUAGAACAAAUACGCGAGUAUCUGUACAAGUCACUUCGGGAGCUCCAUCUCAACCAAGCUUACCAUCACCCACGCGUCGUUCUAAUCGUAACACACAUCCACCUAACAGAACGUGUGCUGGCAAGUCUUGUGAUAGGUCUGCAACUAGUAAAACAAUUGAAAAAAAAGAGAAGAAUACAAUUUCUACACCUACUAAACUUGAUAAAACACCUCUCAGACCUCAAUCAACAGCUGUUACUAUUAACACUAGGGCUGCAAGUGCUUCCAAGCAAACUGUUACAAUAACAUCACCUUCAUCAGAAAUAAUGACUACUGAAGGUGAUAAACAGACUACAAGAAGGAAAACGAGGAGCACGUUGCCUAAUAGUAAUGGACCCGGAGAAUGUUGCGAGACGACGGCGAGCGUCACGUGAUGGUAAAUGACAUACACAACCGGUGCCGACGCCGACGACACAUAAUACUGCGUCAUCUCCGGCCAUCGUCGUCGGACCCGGGUAAUUUCUAUUAGGUUCUUUUUCUUUUUUACAUAGCAAAAUAUUUGUAUCCCUUUUCUGUUUGUUAAAUUUCAUGUGUUUGGAUUCUAUUAAGCUUACAGUUUGAUAUAUAUAUAUAUAUAUAUAUACACACACACACACACACACACUUAUUAUUAUUAUUAUUGGUAUAUCAUAUGUAUGAAUGUGUAUGUGAAUGAG